GCUACACUGAUAGAAGCAUUUGCUCACUUAUUCUUAGCUUCAGAAGUACCUUCGUUGGCAACAAGUACUUAUGAAUUUCCCGGCAAGAGGGCGCUUUCGGUCGCUUGAUCAGCAUGAAUUUUCUGUUGUGACUGCCUUUGAUGUUGCGUGAUUCUCUUCGUUGUUCAUCCUCCUCCUUUAUCAUUCUUCUACUCACACUAACAUCUCUCUACUGCCUGCGCUAACCCUCAUCCUUUCCUUUGCUCUGUCUUUGUCUUUCGUUCUUCAAAAAAACAAAACCAUGCAGUCGUUCAUAACCGGUCAGUUGCUGCAAGCAGAGCCAUUUCCCACUACAUUCAGCAAGGACGUCGAUGCUUCGCAGCAAAGGCAAAAAUCCUCUUCACCAGUUCUCAAUGCACCACAAUCAGCAACCCCCUCUCCAUCUGUUGCCUCUCUACAACAACUCCCGGUUGGUCCUAGAGUUGUACCUCCCACAACUACGACAGCUCCUGGUGGCAGCGGCAGCACAACUGCCAGCAUGAUGCUCUCUACUCCUCCACCACAAAAUCUAGACAUUAUCCGCAAUGUCGAUCAAAGCCUAGAGGCUGCGGCAGCCAAAGUAAUGUCUUCACGAUCUUCGGGAGGCGGACACUUGCCAGCAGACCAAGAAGCGCCAGCUUUGAUGAAAAUGUCCACAAGACCACCGUCAACAAGGGUGGCGGCACGUGGCGCAGGCGGAUCGUUGCGAAGGAGACCAAGCGAUCCCUCAGGACAACAUGCUAUUAUUAUGACUGACGACUGGUAGUACAGUAGUUUUAUUUUCCUAAGUUAGUAUCUGAACAAGAAAGUGAUAGAUAAAGAUACUCCGACUUGAAAUAUAACUUCUGAAUAAGCACGCUACUCAAAAACGCUCUCCCUCUGAACUUGAAAGACCCAAUCCCAGCUCUGCGCCCCACCUCCGCCUCUUCAUACCGUUGCAAAGCGCCCACGCCUUGAACAGUGCUCACCACAACUUGAAUUCUCUCGGCGCUGGGCUCAACGGCAAACAGGUGGUCUCCGACGCGACCGACAUGAUCAAAGGCUUUUUUGGCAACAUCCAGAAGAAAAUCGUAGAUGUUUUCAACGAAGACGAAGCCGAGUUCAUCACCGCAGCCGAACUACGUGCGAGAACGAGGCUCGGAGCUGGCAGAGCUCCUGGAACAGGGGGAUCGCUUGCAGGCAGAGGAGGAAACACGCCUGGAAGCAGUAUGGGAUCUUCCUCUUCGAGUCGAGGUGGUGGAGGAGGUUGUUCUAGGAAUGCGAAUUCCACCAGUGCAAAUCUGAGUUGUACUACUACUUCUAGCGUCAACACGGGUGGACCUUCAGGACGAGUUGGAAGUGCAUCAACAUCCUCUUCAUCGCGUUCUGCAAAUACUAUGGCAGCUCCAGCUGGAAGCAAAAAGACAAGUUUAAGAAGUGAUUCUUCAACUAGUGGAAGUGCAGGAGCAGGGGAAGCUUCACAACAGCCAAAAUCUGAUGGACAGGCCUCAACAUCAUCAUCUUCUGCAACAACCAGCAGUCUGCCGAAACAAGCUGACGCCAUUCAGCAGGCAGAACAGACACAAAGGUCUUCGUCUGCCGCACAAUCCACCACAACAACAUCAAACAUCGUUGGUGGCGAUGGUUCCACAGAGCCACCACGCGGUGCAGCCUUGUUUGACCCAAUGCCGCAAGCGAGGUCAGUUGCACAAAAUCUUACAACUGCUGCUGCGUCGAUGACGAACACUUUUUUUGCGACAUCAGGUGGUACAACUCCUAUGUAUCUUUUUUGUCGGACCAUCUCCAUCAUGACUACUACUUGUUCUGAUGUGACUCUUACAAGCAUGAUGGUAAUGCACCACCUACUGCAACUAGAAAUUUUUGUCCUAAUAACUUCAACUUCAUUCUCAACAUCGACCACGACAGGCGCAGUUAUGAAGUAGCCAUCAUGUGGAUUCCCUAUCUAGCGACUCUCUUGUUUCCAUAUCUGGUAAGAGCGUUUCUAACAAUGCAUGCGCGCAUGAGUUGCGUGACUUUUAUCUGCUCUCAUGUAAAAGGACUCCCUGGCGGCCGCGCCAACUUCAACUUCAUUCUCAACACCGACCACAGGCGCAGCACCAGCCCAGCAAAGCAUGCCUGGAGAGCAAAGCUUGCGAGGACAGGAUUCAACAUCCAGACGGCGAAACAACUCUGCAGCAUCAAAGAAACAAGAGUGCUUUUUUUUGUGUUUUACUUUUUCAUGGUUCUGUCGAAUAUCUGAAUAAAACAACCGGUUCGUUUUUACCUCUAGCGUGUAGCCCUUCCAACAAUAUCUGAAGUUUCUCAGUAAGACAAUUUCUCUUGCAGCUAAGUAGUUCCUUAAGAAAAAUGCUCCUCAUCCGACUACUCGAGGUUCACGUUCACCUACCUUUGCCUGUUUGUCAUAGUCUUCACACCGCCAACCACCAGGAUGGUCCUCGAUAAGAGUCUCCAUAUGUGGAGAGAAGCAGUGGUAGAAGUUGGAGCCAACGUUAGAGACCUUAAGGUGUCGGAGCGUGUGACCUACGAUCUCCAUCGAUGCCUGAUUUGCGGCACUGAGAUUGAGUUCAUGUGUGAAGGUACUUUCUUGGGGUUCAAGAGAUGACCACUCUAUUAAGUCUACAGUCUGUUACUACAGUUGAACAGAUACAGAAAUAAUGCGGAUCAAUAACAUUGUUUGCAUGUAUGCUACAGAUUUUGGAUGAAUUAUUUUACGAAUAGGUUCCUUCGCCAGUGGAUCUUUCAUCUCUCAUCCGGGCGUCAUCCACCAUCAGUCUCGUUCUAAUUACAUUCUGAUCCUCCUUCCCUGACAUGUUUCUCUCGAAGGAACGAACCUGUCACCUCAACACAAAUUUCACUUGAUAUUAUACCUUUUUUUCCUAGUUAUUGUUAUGGUAGAGUUAGAGUUAGAGCUCCACGUCCACCACUCCUAUCUUCAUACAUCCAGGUCAACUCGUAAAAUCCCUUCGCGUCGGAUCGAAAGUAUGGUCUCCAUCCCAGCAGGACUGGGUGGAUUCCGCGAACUCCAUAGUGCAACAAAAGCCUUUACCUAUACUAGAAUGCCUUCAACUCCUUGUUUCUACCCAAGGGGAGCAUAUUCAGAUCGGUGGUGGCGGUGGUGGGUCACAGCAACAGGAUCAAGUUCAAGACCAAUUAACUCAAGCGGGUGCAGAUCACGAUGCUGGUAAUGUAACCAGCAGAAGUACGGAUUCCACCACCACGUCGAAUACAACAGCAUCUAAGAUGGAUGGUCAUGUUCCAGGAGGUGGCAACACUAGUCCGAGACGUGCUUCCACAACAAUUAGGGCUACCGCUAAGGCAUCCUCAGCACUGUCCUUGGCUCUUUUUCAAUACUUGAACAGGAAGCCAAGGAUGCUCCCAGGGAUGCGAAGGCGGUAGCUCCUCUAAAACAAGUUCUAUUUGCAGCACUACAACUGCUGCGAACAACGUCAGCAAUCCUGCUGCACCGCAAAGCUUAGAACAGGCUAUGGCCAUCACAAAUCAAAGGCCCAUCUUCCGCAGGAACCGACGAGCGUGGGACUGGCCAUUAAUUACGGCCACCAUCUGCGAUCUGGAACAUCUUUUAGCCCAUCUGUGAGCUGUUUUCAAAGAGGAAAGCAGAUGUGAGGGAACAAAAGAUGGAUUGAUGUUGUAGAAGUGAGUUCUAAAUUAAGCCGCGAAUGCUACCGGAUGCGCUUUGUUGAAGUGCUUAAGAGCGAAUGCUCCGCUCUGGCCGAAGAGCGGGAUACAGUGGUGAACGAAUACAGCGACUUGAGUGCGGAGAGGGAUUCGUUAGCGGCGAAGUUGGACUCUAUUCAUGGCGCGCUAGGGAUGAAGUGAUGGGAAAAUGAACAACAUUCUUCAUGAUCUUGUUGUGAAGAAAGAGUGUUGUGAAGAAAGAGUCCCUGGAGAAAGAAUAGCCAAGCUAGAGUAGAAUUCUGAAUUCAUAUUCAUCGAAAAUUGAACGUGAACGGAAUCAUAUCAGAUGUUGUGAUUCCUAAGUAAUCCUAUGAACACAAACAGUGCUGUGGUUGACGUUGCCAUGUUGUUGAUAUUUCGUUAUUCAUGCGAUAGAGGAAGGAAAAAUCGCACAUCAAAACACGUCUGAUAUUAAGCGGACAAAGCAACAAGAAUAUCACUCAUCAUCGCACGAAUAAGAGUGAUCGGACCUCCUCCAGCAUAGUGCGCUCAGAACCUCUUCAACAUGGAAUAUGAUUCAGAUUUUGCUUGACCGCCAAUGCACCAUAAAAAGUUUCCUCGUGGAAGCAAUAACAUGA